AUGCCAACCGCGUCCCGCUUGUUCGUGAUCCCAACGACGAGGCCCAUCCUCGCAAAAACCAUCGUCUUCAUGUCCUCCUGUUCAGCUCGCAGGCUCGAACCGUGCGAGCCGUCACCGUCCCCUGCGUGCGCGGAAGAAGAAUCCCGAAACGUGAGGGUUUGGGCGUGGUGGGACUUCAAGAACUGCCCCGUACCCUCGGAUUUCGACGCUUCCAAAGUCACUCCGACAAUAAUGGAAGCAGUGAGAGCAAACGGAAUCAAAGGCCCUCUCAACAUCACCGCUUUCGGCGACGUUCAACAGCUCCCCCGGGCCCACCAGGAAGCCCUCGUGUACACAGGCGUUCGCUUCAUCCAUGUCUCCAACAGGGAAAGAAACAGUGCCGAUAUUCUUGUUGACCUUAUGUAUUGGGUUUCGCAGAACCCUCCACCGGCGCACAUAUUUAUGAUAUCCGGUGAUAUAGACUUCGCUGGUACGUUACACCGUUUGAGAAUGAGUAAUUACAAUAUUUUGCUCGCUACGCCCAAGAAAACUCCUGAUGUUCUCCUCCACAGUGCUGCCACUAUUGCCUGGCACUGGUAUUCGAUGCUCAAGGGACAAAAUCUUACUGGAAAGGUCCUCAACCAUCCUCCUGAUGGGCCUUUUGGCUCUUGGUAUGGAAGCUUCAAGGAGGCUGUGACGUUGGCCGAUCUGCCGGCGGUUGAGGUACCGGUCACGGUUGCAGCUCCGCAGGUUACCACUUUGCCCAAUGUGGAGGUCUAUGGGCCUUCCCUGAGCUCGGUUCCUAAGUCAGUUGCGAGGCAGGUUAGGCAUAUAUUGAGUUUACAUCCAAAAGGGUUAGACAUUUCUAAUCUUCGUGCUGAGUUGGUGAAAUGUGAUGUGCGUUUGGAGAAGAAUUUAUAUGGACAUAAGAAGUUUUCCCGCUUUCUGAUGUCGUUGCCGCGCGUAGAGGUUCGGGAUGGUGGUGAUGGUUCUUUUACUGCGCAUUUGGUUCCUUCGAAAUCCAUGGAACCAUCUGAGAACAGAUACAUUGAAUCAGCAAUUUCUGGUGCUAAGAACGAGGAAGCAGGAUGUGCAGCGGCUCCAGAGCUAAAUGGUCAGGGUAAAAGUAAGGUGAGGAAUGCUGAUGGGAAAUUGUCAAUUGCCUCGGACUUUGAAAGUAGCUUGGGUGAAGAUUUAACAUCAUUUCAACCGGGGCGGUCACAAGGGAGACCUGUUGAGGAAAGUGAGUUGCGGAAGUCUUCUCUGGCUUGUGACUGGUUUGUGGAUCUAGCUAGUGCUCCACAGUCAGAAACUCAACUGCUACACAAGGACACCAAAGAUUCUAAAACUAAGAUGGAUUCCCUAAAAAUGGGUUCUAAAAAAUUGUCUGAUAAUGACACUGUUAGGUCUAAGGUUGCAAGCAUGGAAAAACAUACCACUAAAGAGAGUAACUCUGCUGGAAAUGAUCAGUCAACGGUGGAAAACAAUGUUAUGGCAAAUUACGAGUCUGGAAAUUUUGAAGCAAAAAAUAAAUGUGAGAAUCCGGUAAAGGAGAUUGAUGAAGUUUUUCGUGGCUUAUCUUUACCAGUUGAUGGCGCUCAGGCUGUCCAAACGCCUGGCGGAAGUGCUGAAACUAAUAACAGAAGUCCAACACUGUUUCACUGGAUUAGACGGUGGUGGCCAUUUGGGAAAAACAAUGAAAAGUGUGAUGAUUCGACGACUCAUCAGAACAAGGUGGUUAGUCAUGUUGAGGAUUCAAAGUUAUCUGAACUGGACCAGACGGCUAGUCAAUCAGAAGAGCCCAACUCUGAACUGGAUCAUAAUGUUAGUCAAUCUGAAGAGCCCAAGUUAUCAGAAUUGGAUCAUCCCGGAAAGACGGAGUUAUUUUCCAGUGCUUCCUUUUGGAAUGAUAUGGAAUCUUUUAUCUUUGCACCCAGAGCCUCACUACUUUUCUCCCAGUCAAGAAGCAGGGAGGAUGUGGUGCAAAGGUUACAGAAUGGAGGACCCUUGCUUCUUAGAUCACUCCCCAAAAAGGAUAUCCUUCAAUUGGUUGAAAUGUUAAUAGCAGAGAAAAAAUGGUUGGAGGAAAUGCCCUCCCAAAAAUUUCCUUUGAAGUUAACUAAGGCUGUUCAUAAAAAUUCAAUGGUGGACCAAUCCCAUGGUGCAAAUGGUUUGAGAUCUCUCUUUCUAAGUAGAACAUCACAGUCGAACCUGCAAAAAUCUUUAGAACCUGAUGUGGAGAAACACAAUCAGAAUGUUUCUCACACUCCCAUUUCUGCGGUGGUCACUGAAACAAAAUAUAGUGAGAGAUCUAGAAAUGAUAUAUUAAAUGACUGUCAGAAACUUGUGAGUGAGAUACUAAGGGAACACCCAGAGGGAUAUAAUGUUAGUUCUUUCCGAAGACUAUUUGUAGAUACGUAUGGGUAUCAUCUUGACAUAAAGAAGCUUGGUUAUCAGAAGUUGGCAGCCUUGCUACAGAUAAUGCCUGGGGUUAAAUUAGAGUCCACUUACAUUUUUCCUUCUGUUCAUGCUGUCUGUGAUUCUGAUUUGGAAACUUCUAUCCUCGAAACUCAGGCAACAACUGAUAAUCAUGCGGUCUCCAAUGCAGAUAGUGAAUUAUCUGAGUCAACCCAGGAAGAUGAUGACAUGGAAUCUCGAUGGGAGGAGUUAGGUCCUGUUUCUAUCACCAAUUCCGACAAGAAUUGUUUGGGUUUAAAGUCAAGUAAGAAAGCUAUAGAAUUGGAUGUAUCAAAAUCAAAGCAUCCUGAUUAUGAACUUGUCUCAGAUGACGAGUCUGCAGCAUCUGAAGGAGAUGACUCUUGUUUGACUCAAUCAGAAGAGCACAGAAAGUCAAUUUGUAAUGAACGUGACAGUUCCUUUUGGCAAGCAAUGGAUUUCUGGCACAGCUGCAAAGAAGGAGAGAAUAGUGUCAAGAAGUCAGACAAUUUUGACAGCUUGGGCGUUUCUCUGGCUGAUAUUUUAGAUUCAUCCACUGAGUCGACCAGCGGUACCAUUUCUGGAAUUCCUUCAUCAAAUUACAGAGAUAAUAUUGUCAAGAAGUCAGAUGAUGUUGACAGCUUGGAUGUUUCUCUGGCUGAUAUUUUUGAUUCAUCCCUUGAGUCGACCAGGGUUACCCCUUCCAAAACAUCUUCAUUAAAUUACAGAGAUAAACAAAAAACUCACAAGAACUAUUCCUUCGUUGUUGAUCCGGUCUUACCAAACAAGGGCAAGCUGAUUGACGACUUAAAGAAAGUAGAUGAGUCAAAGAUGCAAAAAUUGAAUAGUUCCGGUUCAAGUAGGACUUGA